CCCUUCCCUCUCCAAUCUCAAUCGCUGGCUCUCUCUCGGUGUGUGUUGUGUCCGGUGGAGGAUAGCAAAUAGCACUGGAUGUUUGGGUUACUGGGGUAAGCUUGAGACGUCUUUAUUUUUAUCUGCAUUUACUGCUCUCGAACUUUCUUCUACUUCGUUGAUCUUGAAUUCCUCCUCUUCCUCGUUUACUACAUAGUAACAGAGAGUUAGGGUUUUUCUUGGAAGCCACAGUUUUCUAAUUCUCUUCAAUAUCAUGGCCUUUACCGGCGUUUUGCAAUCCUCGUUAGCUUAAUUCAAUUUUGUUGUGAUAUGUAUCGAGCUUUGGAUCCUAAUCACCAAGCUUUAGUUUUGAGUGAUUUUGAUGUUUCUGUUGUCGUUGGGGUUUUGAGGUUUUAGCAGGAAAUUGCUUUGGGUUCUAGAAUACUACUGUGUUUAGGUUCUAUAACUGCUACUAGAGGCACUGCCUAGAAAGAGCUAGGGUUGUGCUUGUUCUCUGUUGCCGGGUUUUGGGAAUCAGGUGGGAGUUGGCUGAAUUUUCAUAUUUGUGGUGGGUUUUAGGUUUCUGAACGGAUUUUUUAGGGUAAGUGUAUGAAGUUUUGAUUUUGACUGGUUGGAUCUCCCUAGGUGUUUUUUUUAUAGUUAGGGAUGUCUGUGAAUAAUAAUAACCCACCAAAGAGCCUUGUGGGGUCGUCUUUGCCCUUCGGUAAUGUUGGGAUGCCACCAAACCCAACAUUCUCCCAGCCCCAAUCUCAAUCACAGAUCGGGGCUGGAUUUCAGGGUCAGUUCCAGCUGUCCCAAGCCCAGGCCCUUGCCCAGGCACAUUCAAGAGCAGCAGCUCAUGCUCAGGCUCAAGCUCAAGUUCAAGCUGCUCACGCCCAAUUCCAAGCACACUUACAAGCACAGGGUCUUUCUCAGAGUGCUGGCAUCGGAAACUUGGGUGCUUCUUCGCCCUCAUUUUUGACUCCGGGCAAUGCUAAUGCAAAUGUAAAGAGGGGAUUGCCACUGAAACCUCCGGCACGUCCUGGUGUUCCUAUGACAAACACGGUUUCACCUUUGAGAACAAUGGAGCUUACACCUGCUGCUCGAAGAAAAAAGCUGAAGCUUCCAGAGAAACAGUUACAGGAAAGAGUGGCAGCCAUCCUGCCUGAGUCUGCACUAUAUACACAGCUGCUUGAGUUUGAGGCUCGUGUUGAUGCUGCCAUGGCCAGGAAGAAGAUUGACAUCCAGGAGGCCCUAAAGAACCCUCCUUGCAUACAAAAAACCCUCCGGAUUUAUGUUUUCAAUAAUUUUGCUAACCAGAUUAAAACAAUUCCCCAGAAGCCAAAUGCUGAGCCACCUUCUUGGACCCUCAAGAUAAUUGGAAGGAUUUUGGAAGAAGGGGUAGAUCCUGAUCAGCCUGGGGUAGUUCAGAAACCAAAUCCCUUGUACCCAAAGUUCUCAUCUUUCUUCAAGAGAGUGACCAUUUCCCUGGAUCAGAGAUUAUAUCCGGAUAACAAUAUGAUCAUAUGGGAGAAUGCUCGAUCCCCUGCUCCACACGAGGGUUUUGAGGUGAAGAGAAAAGGGGAUAAGGAAUUUACUGUGAGCAUUCAGUUAGAAAUGAAUUAUGCCCCUGGGAAAUUUAAGCUUUCUCCAGCUUUGAUGGAAGUUCUCGGCAUUGAGGUUGAUACCCGAACAAGAAUAAUUGCUGCAAUUUGGCACUAUGUCAAGGCUAGGAAACUGCAGAAUCCAAAUGACCCUGCUUUCUUUAAUUGUGAUCCUCCUCUUCAGAGAGUAUUUGGGGAAGAGAAAAUGAAAUUCACUAUGGUUUCUCAGAAGAUUUCACAUCAUUUGUUUUCUCCACAGCCAAUACAUUUAGAGCAUGCGAUUAAGCUUUCGGGGAGUAAUCCAGCAGGAACUGCCUGCUAUGAUGUGUUGGUUGAUGUGCCCUUCCCAAUACAAAGGGAAUUGUCUGCAUUGUUGGCGAAUGCAGAGAAGAGUAAAGAGAUAGAUACAUGUGAUGAAGCAAUAUGCAGUUCUAUAAGGAAAAUCCAUGAGCACCGGAGGAGACGCGCAUUCUUUCUUGGAUUUAGUCAAUCACCUGUGGAAUUUAUUGAUGCACUCAUUGAAUCUCAAAGAAGAGAUUUGAAGAUUGUGGCUGGAGAAGCUAGUCGGAGUGCUGAGAAAGAGCACCAAUCUGAUAUCUUCAAUCAACCAUGGGUUGAAGAUGCUGUCAUUCGUUAUUUGAAUCGCAAGCCAGCUGUGGGGAGCGAUGCCCCUGGAAGCACAUGAGUUGGGUGUUGCUUAGCAAGUUUGUUUGGGUCCCAUGUUGUUAUUCCACCGAGUUUACGUAGGUUAUUUUGCCUUCUUUUAUGAAUUGGCUCCAUGAAGUGCUAUAUUGUUCAAUGGCAAGGGAGGAAGCUUCUUGCUUAAAAAGAAGCACUGGCCGUUUGUACCUUGUGUUGGUAUAAGUAAGUCAUACCAUUAUGCGUGGUGAAAAAAUCUAGUGUCAAUUUGUUCAACUUGCUAGUGACCACCUCCGGAUCUGGUGUGCCAAUCUGUAUCAUGGAUCUCAAAGAUUAGUUGCAGUUAUGUUAUUUGUGCACUAACGUUUUUAA